CUGUCUUGCUGGCUUAGCGAAAUGUCUGGAUGAAGUCGAACAAAAGAACUAGAAAAAUAUAGUAAUCAAAUACCGUGUGCGUGCAGUGUAUUAGAAAACCCUUUGUGGGCAGAGUGUGACAAGACCAACUCACACCACAAAGGCCAGUAUGGAUGAUGCUACAGGAGAGGUGGCCGUUAAUGCUGAGCAAAUAAAUAGUGAAGAAAACAAUCAGCCACGCAAUAGUAGUGCAGCUGUUGAAAGUGCAAAUGCCAACAGUUUCAAUAUCCCAAGUCAAAACAGCCGUCGACAUCGACGGCAUCGCCGACAACGUCGACACCAUCGCAAUUACCACGGGGCCCGAUCUGGACAAAUCAGAUACGAAAAAACAUUGCUGCACUUUAGUGCAGCCCACAUCUUGCUUGGCAUAGUCUGCGGACUUCUUCAGAUGGUGCAAUUCACAAACCAUUCGAUUUUGUCCGAAGCCCAGCCAGGUCUGUGGUGUGGCACUUUCUUUGUCAUCACAGGAUCAGUCUGCCUCGGUUUGACAAAAACCAAAGGUCUAUACAGCACGGUGACGAUGCUGUGUUUUUGCCUUGUAUCCUUAUUUAUGGCGUUGACUCUAGCUUCGUUGAGUUGGUUUGGAGCCGAAGCAGCUGCUUGUUGUCAAGACUACUGGAAUUACAACUGUGAAACUGAUGACACUGUGCCCCCUAUUUUUAACAGUACCCGAUAUACGAUGUUGGCAACGGUCGAUGAACACCAAACCACUACAGAGUUCGUUAGUUUCACUUCCUCGUCUGUCAAUAGUACGAACAGCUGCUACGGCCCUAUUGAAAACGGCCCUUCGUGUGAGAAUAUUAAAAGGGGAUAUUGCGGUUAUGACAUUGGUUUGGGACGAACGUUACACCUAUUGCUAUUAUUGGCUGGAGUAAUUGGGGCAACGACAAGCUUCGUCUUGUCUACACUGGCCUGUAGCCGACCUAAUAGGGAAGCCGAACGAAGUCGGCCACGAUUGUCUUCGAUCUUUGUAAUAGGUGGCGACCACUUGCCCACGGGUGGAAGACCGAUAACAGCUUGGGAAUUUCCUCCACCCGUUAAAGACCAUGACCUGGCCAGGACCGCAGGGGUAGAGGAACAAUAUCCGGAAGAGCCACCGCCACCCUACGUAGAACAAGAUAACGACGAUCUCCAGUGCCAUCUGUGAGGUGGCUAGACCUACAG